ACUGGCCUCAUUGAUCAUGCUCAGUUAUAUGCUGAGCAUCUCCUACGUUACAAGGUAGCACUUUUUACUGCCAGAGCGCCUUGUUGAUAAUCAAUGCUGAUUAUCGAAGCCGAAAGUUUCUCUGCGCUCCUGUUAACAGAAUAUUCCAGCCACCGGACAAUUUCCCCCUCCCUUACCUCUAAGCUUUGCAAUACGUUUAGUAGGCAUUUUAGUGCUGGGCUAAAAUAAAGACCUGCUCCCACAUUGUGCCUUUUUGGAUAAGACUCGACACCCCUGCGCUAAGAUUCCUCCACAGCAAGGUGAAAGACUGAUAUCAAAUUAUUGGAAGAGUUCGGUUGCAGUUAUUGCUGUAAAAGGUGAUGCAACCAGUUGUUGAGUUUAAAGGGGCAAUUCAUUCACACGUGUACUGUGGGUGAUUGAUAACUUUUUUAAAUUUCUGAAACCAAUCAGUGUGACAAAUAUGCAAUAAUAAAGGAAAUCAGGAAGCGGGCGAACACUUUUUCACGGCACUGUAUGGAUUAAAACAUACGCUAUACUACAAGGUAUACUUGUGAAGGAAUGUUAAGCCUAUGGAUUUUGCUAUUGGUCGACGGAGUAAUUUAUUCUGCGCGCUGUGGGCGGGGGUAACGGAAUUCUUCAACCAAUCACAGCUCUAGAUAUUUGAUCCUUAACCAAUAAAAUCUGUGCGCUCAAUCCUUUUCGGGGAAAAAUCCGAAAAAGAAGACAUUUAUUCGCUGCUUGGGUACGCAUUUGCGCUCUAAACUUUGCAAGUGUUUUGUACAUUUUGGAUCUACAUGAUUUGGUCUUAGGGAACGCAAAUACAGGUCAAGGAUGCAGUUCAUGCUCCUGUUUAGUCGACAGGGGAAACUGAGGCUGCAGAAAUGGUAUGUGCCACUGUCAGACAAAGAGAAGAAGAAGGUGACCCGUGAGCUGGUUCAGACCGUUCUGGCCCGCAAACCCAAGAUGUGCAGCUUUCUGGAGUGGAGGGACCUCAAGAUCAUCUACAAGAGAUACGCCAGCCUGUAUUUCUGCUGUGCCAUUGAGGCCCAGGAUAAUGAACUCAUUACACUGGAGAUCAUCCACCGAUAUGUGGAGCUGCUGGAUAAGUACUUUGGCAGUGUGUGCGAGCUGGAUAUUAUCUUUAACUUCGAGAAGGCGUACUUCAUCUUGGAUGAGUUUCUGCUCGGUGGCGAGGCACAGGAGACUUCCAAGAAAAAUGUCCUGAAGGCCAUCGAGCAGGCGGACCUGCUGCAAGAGCCCCGUCACGAGUACUUCAAUGUGCCUGUGUACUAAAUGGCUGCUGCCACCACCCUGGUCUACAAGCAGAGACCCUCUGUCAGGCUCAGCCCUUCCUGCAAGUGGAGCCCCACCCACUGGCUCCACCCACCCCAUGCCUCAUCCUGUCACCUGUUGCCUCUCUGGUUAGAGGUCACUUCUGCAACACCACCCAACCACCUGUCUGCUUGGCCUCCGGUGACACACAUCUGUGUGGAAAGAGACCACCAACUGUUGGGGAAAUGAAUGUAAAUACAGUGCAGAAUGUUUGUCUGGGUGAAAUACACUGAGCACUGCACCCAGCCAUUGCCACUCUCAGGUAGCAAGUAGAACACGGCAUAGUGUUAUUCCAUCUGCACUGUGUUUCACAUUUUAUUGAACAUAUCCAUGUGGGGGGUUGGAGGACGAUUGUUUUUAUGUGCAAAACUGUGAAAAUGCAAAAUAAUUUUACUGAAAAUAUAAAUAGUGAAUAUUAUUAAUAACACUAAUAUUCCCCUAUUAGUUUUGAACUUUGUUAAUGUCUGUGUCAUUAACUAAAUGUAAAAGAAAAAUGGAAUGCAAGUUGUGCUUGCAAUUAAGCACUGGAUCGAGCUGUUCAUUUGUCCAAACUGAAUGAACCAGGGCAUUACAUUUCUGCCGUCAUUUGUGACAAUUUCAAGAUUAAAAAACAAAAA